GGACUAGCUCCAAAGAUUCAACUCCUAUAAAUCCUGAUGUGCACAUUCCCUGGAUACUCAAUGGCCAUGCUUUAUUUACUCCUUUUUCUGGGGUCCUGUUCUUUCUCUUAUCCCUACUACACAGAAGACUUAGAAGCCCCCCGUUAUAGCAUCAACCUGGAUGAUCCCCCAGAAGAGCGCUGGGAGCCAAUAUUAAACAAUUACAACCACACUGAGAUACGAGUAGUGGUGAAGAGGAUUCUAGAGAUAGUGAUACCUGAAUGGGCCCUACACAUACUUCGACCGCUGGCAGGGGUCUAUUUGACCUUUUUUGCUGGUAAAACCUAUGCGGGAGAGAUUCGUGGUAUUUCCAAGGUUCUUAGUAUGAGCACUGGGGAGGUUGUGAUCCUAAAUCUUGGCUAUGAAGCUGCAAUGUUCUGCACAAGCAUAAUAGCUGAGGAUGAAAAAGGAAACGUUUACCUUGGAAGAAAUAUGGAUUUUCUGUUUUCAAAUUUAUUAGCAAAGCUGACAAUGGAUGUAGACUUUAAAAAAAAUGGAGAGAUUGCUUAUACAGGAACCACCUUUGUGGGUUAUGUAGGACUUGUUACUGGGCAAAGUCCUAACAAAUUUACAGUAGCAGCAAAUGCACGAGAGUACGACACUAGUUGGUGGAUAAAUGCGAUUUCCGCUCUGACAAAGAAUAGUUCUCCCCUGAGUUGGCUUAUUAGAGAUACUUUGAAUGAGGCCAAGAGUUACACAGAUGCAUUUCUCAAACUAUCCAAAGGUCCAAUCAUCACUCAGGUUUUCUUUAUUUUGGCUGGCACAAAAGCAGGAGAAGGGGCAGUUAUAACCCGAAACAGGAAUGGUGUUGUUGAUGCACGAUUUCUGGAUAAUAAAAGAGGAAAAUGGUUCCUUGUACAAACUAAUUACGACCACUGGAAAAUGCCACCUACAUUUGAUGAUCGCAGAACCCCUGCAACUGCGGCUUUGGAUUUCACUAGCCAGAAAAACAUCAGUAUGGACUCUCUAUAUCAGGUAUUGUCGGUGCCUCCAGUUUUAAAUAGAAUGACAAUCCACACAACCUUAAUGAGUGCGGCAUUUCCUGAAAACUAUACAACUGUGGUAAGGUACAAAGUUUAUAACAAGACUAUGAUAUGGAAUAUACCAAUAAUGACUGCAAAUGGAACAGAAAGUGGGUUAUGGCAGAUACCAAGAACAACCGAAAACAAUACCCAGGAUAGUUAUGCUCUGGCAGAUACUGAGAAUGACUGAUAAUAAAAUAAAGGAGCUAAAACAAACCAGCAGAAUUGUACAAUUAGUAGAAAUACAAGAGAAGCUGCCAUGAAAAACAGCUGGACCAAACUAGACCUGUGCACACUGUAUGUCUAUAUACAAUAUAUCACAUUAAACAGCCCAUAUGUAAUACAAAGUUUCAUAUCAAUAAAGUCUUUAAAUGAAAAAAA